CGGGAAUCACUCAUUAGGACCUGUGAACUGUCUGGAAGCAUUGUUUUGUGUGCGCCACCGUCUCUAGUCUCUACGGUAUUCUUACUUUGGAGUUGUACUGUACUGCGUACUGGUACCUCGUACCCUUACAGAAAAGGUACAAGUACCGGUACAAGUACGACUUCGAGCGCUGAAACCCAACAGAAAAAAAAUGUGCGCAGGAUUUUCCCGCCCCGGGUCCAGAUUUAAAAGGAAAACAACAGACCCAUGGCAUGGAUGGAUCGGAUCGGUUCGUAGCUGUUGUUGAAAACCAAAUUUCCGAAUUGCGGUGGCAACAAACGAAAACUCACCGUAGCGUGAUGGCGAUCUUUUUGGUCCGUUGAACAAGAACCAACCUACGAAGACCAUGGCGGAGCCGGAAACGUCGGGGAGUGGAUUGCCGCAAAGCAGCGGCGGCAGCAGCAGCAGCAACCCCGGCGUUGCUGGUGGUAAGAUGUCACCGCGCCCGGUGUCCAACGGAUCGAGCAGCAAGAGCGACGACAACGAAGAAGGCAGCAAUGGAAGGAGGAACGGGCGAGAGGGGGAGGACGAGCGGGAUUCAUCGACGCAACGGUCGCUACAGAACGGGAGCAAACACCACGAGAGAAGCAAACGAGCCACCGGAGCCGGGAGGCCACUGGCCUUUGGCGGGGUGGAAGGCAUCAACCAGCACCAACUCCGGUUGCUCUCUGCCGCCCGCGAUUGUCCCCUGUCCCGAACAAARAGACCGCUGGCCACCGGGGGCAAGAAACUGAAACGAAAUCAGUGGUGGUGCAAUCUAUCGUCUAGCGAAUCCUCCUCUGGCUCGUCGCCGGGUCCGAGAAACCAGAAAUCAAGAAGCUGUUGUUCCUCGCACCCGCUCAACGCCGAUCGGGACGACAAGAGGUCGGAUCGGGACUGCGACCUGAUCAGCGGUCCGAGCGACAACGACAAUGGGAACCAAAACGACAACACUGGAACCGAAAGAGAUCCUCGGGCUGCAAGUGAGUGCAUAGGGAUGGAAAUUCUAACGACGAACCAAGACAGCAUUCCGAGGCUCGAAACYCUGACCAACUCCUACAACGAGAAACCACUCCACCACCCCCGGGAAAAGGGACCGAUCGAAAGCACACCGAACAGGCAGCUGCUCAAGCGCCCCCCGGCACACUCCUUGUCCCCAACCGAAUCCAAAAAACGAACCCCGGAGGUUCCGGGGCUCGAAAAGCAGGCGAUCGAAAGCACACCGAACAGGCACCUGCUCAAGCCCCCCCCGGCGCACUCCUCCUUGUGCCUAGCCGAAUCCCAAAAGAAAAUAGUUGAGRUUCACGAACGGAUAAAGUCCGAGGUACAAAUCGCGAGGCAAUAUACUUUGGAAGAAGAGGUUCGUCGUGCGCUUGAACAGAAAGCCGCGCUGACUUCCCGGAAUCCUCGGUCGAGAUCAAGAUUCUCACACUUCCCAAAGGAAGUAGAAUUGCAAUGCAAGCAGGGCAACAAGAGCCAGGAUGACAACUACCACACGGUGAUUGUGAACUCUUCGCUGACCGUCUUGCAGACCAGCGACGAUACAAAGCUCAAAGCGGACGUCGAGCAACUMGGCAAACGAUCGAAGGCAAUCAACCUAAGCCUUAUGCCGUACGAAUUAAAAAUUCUGGAGGAACAAUUUGGAUCRAUYCUGGACGAGCUUCCUCCCCAAUACCGAUUCGACGCAGACAUUCACAAUUAUAUAAGCGACACCCUGGACACGCCACCGGAGGGUAUGGACACGAAGSUCGAAGCUCCCUCCCGUUACAAGGGCGUUCCAGAAGCAGCAUCCGACCCCAUCGGUACGAACGAAAACGACGCGGAUUAYGUUUCCGUUAUGAAGGGAUUUCGAGAUUUCUGUCCYCAGUGUAAAACCUUCGAUUGCCAAUUUCACAUAACGUCGUACCCCGACGCGGCUACGCAGGCAAGCGUAGCGAUUCAAUACGACAAAAGGGCUAUUUCUCAGCUAUCGCGUUCGGCCCGUCGAUCGUUCAACCAACAGCCUGUCCGUGGCGGUCGCAGCGGAUCGGAUUCUCGUGUCGAGAGCUCCGUUCGGGGCAAAGCAAGGAACUCGUUCACGGUGGACGUUACGGACGGGCAAAAAUUCCACCUGAGCGGCGAGGUCAUGGAGUGCCCCUUUUGUAGGUUCCCCUGCCGCGGCAGUGAAAAACUCUCGAAACACCUGAAGCGAUACCACAGUGACUCGUUUUAUUUCGAAACAUCGGACAGAAAGAUCACGGCCCGAAAACGAACCGUAGGGACGACAACAAUGAUUCCCAAAAGGCAGUAUUAUCAUCCGAAUUCCAAAAUUCCUAUCCAAAUAGGCCAUCACGACAGGGAUUUAGACGACGAAUCUCUUUAUAGCUGGUACCACGAUUAUCGGAAAGAGAGAAUAGAAGAUUUCGACGACCUUACCGAGAACGAAAAGAAAAUAGAAUCGUUGUGGAAUCGAUUCCUAGGAUGUUCAUCCGUGGUUGUCGAAGACAGGGCUGUGCCGAAGAUCUGUAUGUCUUUGAUUCGAAAGCACUCUGCGGACCUUUCGGGAUUGGAAUGGGAGUUCUAUCAGCUAGUCAUAACACUCUGGGAACGCCGGAUGCUCUCCGUCAUUGAUGUAGAACAAUGCAUGCUUCUUUAUCAUAGCCUACAGGACUCAAAGCUAUGGCAACGGAAUGCAACACCAUUGAAUCCUCGCAAACGGGUCAUAUGUAGCCGCUUACACCUAAUCUUUCAGAGCUUGGGCGGGGGGAUGCCAAGGUUUUUGAAAGCCAUUAGUCGAACGGCRAUAACAAGUCAAGAUCUCGUGAACACUCCCGUUCUGGAUACCGCAAUAAAAUGGCCAAAGUUAAAGAAGAAGAGGAAAAUUACCGAGGUAGUUAGAAUGCGUGCGCAAGAUAUAUCSAGGCCCUUCUUCUUCCCUUGCUUCCACGCUGGUCCUUGUACCAAAGAAAACGGUUGCACGUGCAUCGAAAACGACAAUCUGUGCACCAAACAUUGUAUUUGGGGCGAAUACGGCAUUAAUUUCUAUUCGGGCUGCCAUUGCACAUCGGAUUGCAGGAUUGCCAAACUCUGCCCCUGCCGCGACACGAAUCGAGAAUGCGAUCCAGAUACCUGCAUGUGCUGCUGUACGAACCAAGGAUGUGACCGCAAGUGUGCCAAUAUGGAUGUCACUUUGGCGAACCGUGUGCCCCUGUUGAUCGGAAGAUCSAGCAUCAAAGGGGCUGGAUUGGGAUUGUUUACGAAAAAUCCUCUMAAGAAAGGAGACUAUAUCGACGAGGUAGGUAGACUGAUGGGUACUKUGCUAUGCCAUUGUUGUUCUACCACUGUUUCUUGUUCUUCGAUUGUGGGUCACGACAUUGAACUCAAAGCUGUUGCUUCUUCUGCGUUUUAAACUUUUUAGUACAUUGGAGAGUUCAUCAAACGAGAACACGAAGUGAACAGAAGUCAAGAAUAUUACUUYGAUCACUCAGAUGACUACGUAAUAGACGCAACAUAUCAGG